CAGAAAUAUAAAUAUAGUAAAUAAUUUGUAUAAUUACUAUCAGUGUAACAGUAUUAAUGAUGCUUCAAGACAGCAUUUCUCCCAUGCAUAUGUCAAACUUUCAAAUAAACACAGAUGGCACCGCUGAACAACAUGAAGAAAAAUGGGCUCCUGACUGGCCUGAGAAAGAAAAGAAUACUGUCACAAAAUUGCAUACCUCUGAAUCACAGAAUGAACAAAACAACCCAAAUAACAAUGACAACUGUGAUGAUGAAGAUCCUAGAGAAGAAUGGAAUAACCAGUGUGAUUUCUUUUUAUCGAUAUUGGGCUAUGCAGUUGAUUUAGCAAAUGUUUGGCGAUUCCCAUAUGUUUGUUUUACAAAUGGCGGAGGGGCUUUUCUGAUUCCCUACUUCAUUGUGAUGAUCUGCAGUGCAACACCAAUGUUCUACUUGGAAUUAAUUUUAGGACAGAAGCAUCGUCGUGGAGCUAUUUCUCUUUGGGAUAUAUGUCCGAUUUUUCGAGGUGUUGGCAUAGCUCAAGUGAUAAUAUCCUAUGUAGUUGCAUUCUAUUACAAUACUAUAUCCGCCUGGUCAUUAUACUUCCUGUUAGCGUCAAUAACCGAUAUUCUGCCGUGGACUUAUUGUGACCAGAGGAGAGGGAACAGUCCGAACUGUGUAAAUUUUUCGUAUUUACACAAUCUGUCAAUGUCUGAUACCUCUGGUGGGAAUGAUUUGCUACAUUUACAAAACUACAGUCUUGCUUCAACUGAAUACUUUGAACGUGUGGUAUUAAAGUUACAGCAAAGCAAGGGUUUAGAAGAUCUGGGACCAAUGAGAUGGCAGCUGGCAGGAUGCACAGUCUUUGUAUUUUGCAUACUUUACGCUUCAAUGAGAAAUGGAGUAAAAACAUCGGGGAAGGUUGUGUAUGUGACCGCAAUACUCCCGUAUUUCCUACUGGGUAUUCUUCUGUUCAACGGGUUAACACUGGAUGGUUCAUAUGAAGGAAUAUGGUACUUUAUCAGACCACGCUUUGAUAAACUAUCGGAAAUGACCGUGUGGGCGAAUGCAGCUAUUCAAAUCUUCUUUUCAACUGGGGCUGGAUUUGGUGCUCAUAUCGCCUAUGCAACGUACAAUCCAAGAAAGUACAACUGUUACAGAGACUGUUUAAUUACUUCCCUUGUGAAUGCGCUGACAAGUAUGUUCGCUGGUGUAACUGUAUUCGCCUACCUCGGUUACUUGGCCCAUCUGACGCACACUUCAGUUCAAACUGUUACAGGAGAAGGUCCAGGACUGGUGUUUCAAGUCUACCCUUUUGCUAUCGGAACUUUACCUUUGGCAUCAUUAUGGGCAACAAUAUUCUUCUUGUUAUUGAUCAUGCUGGGACUGGACAGUGGGAUGGGUGGAUUAGAAUCUGUAGUUACUGCUGUAACUGAUGUUGUACCAAAGAAAAUUUCACGGCGUAAACAUUUCAGACCAUUGAUUACACUGGUUGUACUCGGUUCAGCAUGUUCAGUAGCCUUUGUUAAUGUGACCAGUGGUGGAAUGUACGUAUUUCAUCUAAUGGAUCGAUAUAUGGCUGGAACUGCACUAUUAAUAGGCAGUCUUUUCCAAGUUAUCGCUAUAGCAUGGUUCUACGGUAUGAAUGAAUUAUGCCAAGACAUAAAGUCCAUGGAUCUUCCAACUCCUAACGUAUACUGGAGAUUUUGCUGGAAAAUACUGACACCGAUUACUUUGAUCGUAAUGAUAGUCAGUUCAGUUAUAGAUCCAACUCCAUUGCAGUACAAUUACGGUGCAAGGCAUCCAGAGUUUUUAGUCAACAAUACAGAAGUGGUGAAUAUCACUCUGCAUGGAACUUCACAAUUCUACAGUUAUCCCCAAUGGUCAGUUUACUUAGGAUGGUGUAUGAGUGGAGUAUCAAUCAGUAUGAUUCCGUUGGUGUUCUUCAUUGUUCUGAUAAAAGACGGUUGUAAUCUUGAGCUGGCUAAAGUCUUUUCUGUUGGACCUCUUGAUGUUUGGCCUUUCAAAGAAAGAAAUCUCACGUGUGAUACAAUUAGUGAUCAUCAAACAAGUGCAGAAGGUAUAUACGGAAUAAAUGGCCGUCAACUGGACGCAGACAAAGCUACUGGAGGAAACCACACUGAAGCAGUCGUACAACUAAACAAGCAGUCUAUCCUGCACGAAUUACAAAUCAUCCAACCGAAAUUCAGUGUUUAAAUAUAUAUAUAUAUAUAUAUAGCUUUCAAGACUUUAUGUAAAAAGUGGAUGCAGUCGGAAAUUAACCAGAACUAAUUGGAAAUCGAACGACAAGGUAGAAACAAAAGUACAGUUCACACACACGCACACACAUAAGAACACAAAUAGUUUAGAG